AUGUCUUGUCCAGAGAACCGUGAAUUUGAUGUCAGUGGUUUCGAGUUUCCGGGGAAAUUCAAGGAUAUUCCACAAUGGGAGCUCGCAGCCAAAAUUUCAGUCGUGGUCAUUCUAGAACUUUUGGCAUUAACAGGAAAUAUUUUGGUGAUUUUGAUUGUGCUUCAGUCUAAGAAAAUGAGAACUACCACCAAUCUUUACCUCCUAAAUCUCGCCAUAGCAGACCUGUUCGUGGCUAUUUUUCCUAUGUGGAUAGCGGUGUUUGAUGAUGUAUCAGAUGGAUGGAUACUUGGUGGAUUUCUUUGUAAAUUCAAUGCAUGUCUUCAAGUUACAGCGAUGUGUUCGAGUACAUUUACAUUAUUGGUUAUAGCCGGUGACAGAUUCUUUGCAAUCAUCUAUCCACUAAAAUCACGAGUAACGCAACGUAAAGUAAGCAUUAUGGUCACAGGAGUGUGGUUGGCGGCCAUUGCAGUAGGGUUAGCUCCCUUGUUUACCUAUACAUACAAAGAACGGCGGUGGUCGAACUACGUGGAGAAGUUUUGUACAGACGUUUGGCCAACUUAUAUGAUAGAUCAAAAAUGUGAUAAUGGACUAACAUCUAAAAGGGCGUUUUGGAUCAUGGUGUCUGUGGUACUGAAUUGGGUACCGAUGAUUGUAAUGACCAUUUUGUACACUAUUAUAAUAAUCAACCUGAGGUUUAAUAGAGUUCUUCCCAGCAGUGGAGAGUUGUCUUUAAACGCUAUCCAUAGAAGAUCAAAGAGCAAGGUAGUGAAGAUGCUGUUUUCUGUUUUGAUCGUGUUUAUGAUUUGUACGGUACCAUUUCAAUUUACCAAACUAUAUGAAUUAUAUCGAGAGGACCAGUCUGAGAGGUUACCAGAUUGGUAUACACCAUUCUAUUUCUCGUCCAUUAUAUUGAUGUACACCAACACAGCAGCUAAUCCUAUUAUAUAUGGUGGCUUUAAUGAGAAUUUCAGGAACGGCUUCAAGGUCCUGGUUAACCGAAUAUCAAAGCGCCAAGGGCAUCAUGGUAUGAGCAUGAUGAAUGGAGCUGGAAAAGCGAGACUCAGUCUAGUAGAAGAUUUGAGAACGAGGCCGUAUAAAACUCCUGUAGAUACCCAAUUGUCCAAAAUGUCAAUGGAAACUCGUCUUUCAAUUUUGUAA